UGUAGACUUUGUGAGAGAAAGCUGAGGACAGGGGAGACACUGGAGGACACCAGAUCAGAGACGACUCCCAGAUCACCUGAGAUAAAGCAGCAGUGUUGUAACGAGACGCCAAGCGAGCGCUGAGGAAUUCCUGUCUUCUCCUCCCACAAAUCCUGAUGCGUCUAUUCUUCUUCUUCUUUUACAUCGAAGCUCUCGAGCCGAUGAGUGACUUCUCUUCUGUGAAAGCUCUAACCCAUUUCCGCUCAUAACUCAUUUCCUGCUUUCCUUUGAAGGAUGCUUCAGUUCAGUCUCUUGUUUUUCACCACCAAUAGCCACAAUGUAAGAUGUUACAACACUGUGAUAAAAAUGUUGCCCCUGAACCACGAACCAACAACCAGCACUCCACUGACCACAAUAACACACUCAGGGGAUGUGGAGAGAGGACCUGAUGAUCAACACCAAGUCAGAGACUACAGGAAGCUCGCCAUCUGCAGCAUCAUAUGUGGGCUGUCCUGUGUCGGUAUUGUGUCUCUCAUCUACUCAGUUAAGACUCGAGAGCUCAACAAGAAGUCCGGUGGUGAACCAGCGCACAAGGCCAAGGAAUAUUCGAAAAAAACCCUAAGAUGGGCAUUAGGGGCCAUAGUGGCACUGGUGGGUUUCAUUAUUCUAGUCAUCCUGCUGGUGGGACUGCUGUCAUACCUGCUGACGUUUAUCAACUGAAACGCAGGAGUGACAAACGACAAGUGGACACCAUCUGAGAACUGAAAUGCUCAGAGACUCACACACCACCCAAAGACCUGUGGUAGACAUGUUAGUGUAGUGGUGAAGGUGUUGGACUACUGAUCAGUGUCCCAGGUCCACCAGGCUGCCCCUGCUGGGCACGUGAGCAAAGCCCUGAACCCUCAAAUGCUCUGUUGUAUAAAAUCAAACAAAAUGUAAGUCAUGGUGGAUAAAGGCAUCUGACAGACAGACUCGGAGCUCCUCACGGACCCCAGAAACCUGUUUAUGGUGCCAUAAAACCCCAAGAAAAAAUGGAA